UCCCACUCAUUCAUUCCUGCCCAUCCUUGCGUGAUUCCCAUCUGCAUCCUUUGACUGAUACAUUAAUAAACCUGGCAUCCCCAUUGCCAGCAGCAUCCCCAUGGAGAGCCCUAGAGGCUGUUGUCGUGUAAUGUGCCCGCCGUCUUGUUUUUGUUUUUGUUUUUUUUUCUGGUCAAAUCAAGGAGCAUUUAUUAAGGCACUGUGCUACGCGCUGGGGAUACAGAGAAAAGCAAGACCCUGCUUCUUUAGGUCAAAAUGAUUUAGAUGAUUUCAGUGUUGUGCCUAGUACACGGAAAAGGCUUGGUCGCCAUGUCAGUAGUCACAGUUCAACUUGGUCAGUGUGGCAAUCAGAUUGGUUAUGAAGUAUUUGAUACCAUAUGUAGAGACUUACAUAAUUCCCAGGGAUUCUGCUGUAAGAGGGAGAAUGAGGUAUAUCAGGCAUCUUGCAAAGAACAUUUCUUUAAUGAGGAAAGAAGUGGAGUUCCAGUUGCCCGAGCAUUGCUUAUUGACAUGGAGCCCAAAGUGAUCAGUCAAACACUAUUAAAGGCUGCCCGUUCUGGCAGAUGGAAGUAUGGUCAACACUCACAUUUCUGUCAAAAACAAGGUUCUGGAAAUAAUUGGGCAUAUGGUUAUAGUGUUCAUGGGCCCAAGCAUGAAGAAUCUAUCAUGAAUCUAAUUCAGAAGGAAGUAGAGAAAUAUGAUUCUCUAAGAGGAUUUUCUACUAUCAUGAGUAUGGCAGGAGGUACAGGAUCUGGUUUGGGAGCCUUCCUCACACAGAACUUAAGAGAUGCUUAUCCAAAUUCUUUUAUAAUAAAUCAGAUUAUAUGGCCCUAUGGAACUGGUGAGGUUAUUGUACAGAACUACAACUCAAUUUUGACUCUUUCUCAUCUGUAUCGAUCUUCAGAUGCACUUCUUGUUCAUGAAAAUGAUGUGGUACAUAAGAUAUGUGCUAAACUGAUGAAUAUCAAACAGAUCUCCUUCAGAGAUGUAAAUCAAGUUAUUGCCCAUCAAUUGGGAAGUGUAUUCCAACCUACUUAUUCUUCAGAAGGCUCCUGUCAGUACCGAAGAAACCCAUUAGGAGACUUGAUGGCAAGCUUAGUUCCGCACCCUGAAUUCAAGAUGCUAGGUCUCCGUAACAUUCCUCAAAUGUCCGAAAACUCGUUGUCAUACACCACCUUUGCUUGGACUGGAUUGCUCAAGCAUUUAAGACAGAUGCUCAUUUCUAAUGCUAAAAUGGAAGAAGGUAUUGAUUGGCAGGUCCGACCACCUUUGUUAGGACUUCCUGCCCUUGAAAAGGUCCCUCACAACAAGGAGUCCCAUUUUAACACUUCUAUAGCCAACUUGGUCAUCCUGCGUGGUAAAGAUGUGCACAGUGCAGACUUAGGGGGUUUUAAAGAUCCAGCCUUAUAUACCUCGUGGCUCCAGCCUAGUGAUGCCUUCAGCGAAUGGAGAACACAUCGAGCCUUUAACAAAUAUGAGAAAUCGGCCGCUUUGGUCAGCAAUAGUCAAUUUUUACUAAAACCACUUGAUACCGUCAUAGGCAAAGCCUGGAACAUGUUUGCUUCAAAAGCCUAUGUUCACCAGUAUACAAAGUUUGGAAUUGAAGAGGAGGAUUUUUUAGACAGCUUCACAGUAUUGGAACAGGUUGUUGCCAGUUACUGUAACCUUUGAUCUCAAAGUAAAUGGACUUUCAGUGGAAGAAAGUAUCUCUGAAGACCUCUGGAUUGAAAUAUUUAUAAACCAUGUUCUCUAUCAUGUUUCAAAAUCCUAUUUUUCUGAAGAAUCAGAUUAGAAUUCAGAUUGUAUUCUGUAAGUAGGGGAAAGUAGGAACCUUUUUACCAAAGAAAAACUUUUUUUCCAAUAAAAACAUCUCCUUUUUGAUGAAUUACUUAUUACUUUAAAUGGAAAAUUGGUGCUUUUAUAAAAUACCUUGGUGAAGAAUUGUCACAGUGGGUGCUAUUAUAAAUAGUACUUUGAUUCUAAAAAUUACUUGGAAAAAGUAUAUUCUAUCUUUGUUCACAAUUAAAGUAAUCUCUUUCAACUA